GAACAUGUGUUGGCAUAUAUCGCUUGUCAAAAUAUCAAGAUUCAGAUAGGGGAUUGCUGCAUCAAGCGAAGUAAUAUUUUUCAUCAAUCGCUCCAAACACAACGUAAAAGUGAAAUGAACGAAUCAGCUUGUUAACUGGACGGCCCAUCCACCAAUGAAGAUUUUCGUUUGAUCAGUAUUAAGCAGCUUAUUUGUCCCAUUCAUAGCCAAUCUCUUCUGGAAAUGCCUCUAUUUGGGAAAUCGCAAAAGGGCCCCACUGAAGUGGUCAAAGCGCUGAAAGAAGCAGUCAAUGCGUUGGAAAAGGGUGACAAGAAGGCAGAAAAGGCCCAGGAAGAUGUGUCGAAGAACUUGCUGCUGAUCAAGAACAUGUUGUAUGGCACAUCGGAGUCAGAGCCCCAAACUGAUAUAAUUGUAGCCCAGUUGGCCCAGGAACUGUAUAAUAGCAACCUUUUACUAAUGUUAAUUCAGAACUUAAACCGGAUCGAUUUCGAGGGCAAAAAGGAUGUGGCACAGGUGUUCAACAACAUUUUAAGGAGACAAAUUGGAACUCGGUCCCCCACUGUUGAGUAUAUCUGCACCAAGCCUGAGAUUUUGUAUACGCUUAUGAGCGGGUAUGAGCACCAAGAGAUUGCGCUGAACUGUGGAACAAUGUUGAGAGAGUGCGCCCGAUAUGAUGCCCUGGCUAAGAUCAUGUUAUAUUCUGAGGACUUCUACAAUUUUUUCCGGUAUGUGGAGGUCUCCACGUUCGAUAUUGCCUCAGAUGCAUUUUCCACUUUUAAGGAACUCCUAACACGGCACAAGAUAUUGUGUGCUGACUUCCUAGAGGUCAACUACGAUAAAGUGUUUGGGCACUAUCAGAGACUGUUAAAUUCAGAAAACUACGUUACCAGACGCCAAAGUUUGAAGCUACUAGGUGAACUGCUCUUGGAUAGGCACAACUUUACCGUGAUGACUAGAUACAUUUCCAAUCCAGACAACUUGAAAUUGAUGAUGAACAUGUUGAAAGAGAGAUCUAGGAAUAUUCAGUUUGAGGCCUUCCAUGUCUUUAAGGUGUUCGUAGCAAAUCCUAAUAAACCUAAACCAAUUCUGGACAUUCUACUCAGGAACCAAGAGAAGCUGGUAGAAUUUUUAAUGAAGUUCCACACAGAUAGGUGCGAAGACGAGCAGUUUAACGAUGAGAAGGCUUACCUAAUUAGACAAAUUAAAGAGCUUAAACCUUUACCGGGCCACUAAUUCAUUGAAUUCCUGUAAUGCUAUGGAUGCUAAGUAUGAUUUUUAUCGAUAAUACCACGAAUUUUGCUAAAAUAUUUUACUAAGAAAUGAUCGGUAGGAGAAUUUUAAAGGUAUUUAUUAGGAAUCCUGGCUUCGAAGAGUAUUGGUUUUAAUUUUAGAAUCUAGGAGAUAUAAGAGGUCAAUUCAGUACUACUAUGUUACAUUAUCAAUUUGCUGACAGCUUCAUUGCUUAAUUACUUUAGCUAAUCCAGAGAUUCAGCUGUUCAGAUAGUUUAGCAAAGAUAUUAAUCCAUUGUGGUCAGACUUGUACGAUUCAUUUGUAUGGUUCUCAACUAUUGAAAUAAAUUCAUUGUAUUGUU